UCCUAUUGGGUCAUGCGAACACCGAACUCUCGCACAAAUCAACCCAGUUAACAACACUAUACACCCAUUUCUCCUUUGUAUAGCGCUUCCAGCCCCAGCCCAAACAAAUCUCAUCUUGCUCUUUACACAAAGUUCUUACAAGGAGGAACGGCGCCCGAAGCUCUCCAAGCGAGGACGCAAUGUCUCGCGCAUAUGACAAUCGGCCUGUUGCGUUGAUGUCGGCUCCGCGUAGCGUCACAUUGCAGAUGGCAAACGAGGUCGACCAUGGCGCCCAACGAGAACAACCACUUUUUCCUGCAGACCUUCCUUGGAACAAUCCCGUCGUGACGUACACACCCGCACACUACACGCGUCGAAAUCUCCUGCAAGACCGGCUUUUGCAGAGCAACGAAUAUCAUCGCCGGCGAGUCAGGGCAGUCAUUGAGUUCUCCAGAGACUUACUGAUGCGGCUUGGACAGAACCAGGAAGAUGACGACCUGAUCCUAUACAUGACAUCCAAGGAUCGACUUCAUAACGCAUGGAUCGAUAUCUUCCUUACCACGCCUGACUGCUAUCUGCAGAUGGCACCAGCUGAGAUUCAGGAAGUAUAUCGUGAGCAGACUACCGCAAUGUCAAAUGAAGUAAAGACCAACGAGGAGUAUAGAUUGGGUCGACCGAGAAAGCGGAAGGCUUCCGAAAUCGAGAACGGGGUCCAAGUACUUCGCGUAGCUAAUGCGGAUGACAAUGCAGAAGGACAAGUGCAUGAGUCUGGCAAGCGACCCCACCGCGAGAUCGACCCUCUGGCAGGCGAAUCACAGUCUCAGCAUCAUUCCUCGCUGCCCUCUGAGACUCCACUUUCAGCUUGCUCGUCGGGGGACCUGGACCGCAUCCUAGACAUGUUCAUUCCAGCUCUAAGCACUCAAGUUGCUAUCCCCAUACAUGAUCCGAUAGCGUCUGCGCCAGAGCCGGUGCUCAACGCGAUGGCGGUCGCACGAACCGUGGCAGUAGCACCCCCAAGUCAGCCCGUGACGCCGGUAGCUAUUCCUCCAACAGGCGUAGCCCCCCAGCCUGGCUUAGUGGACCCCAUUGCUGCGUAUAUGGCUGGCAACCCAUCCAGGAAUACACAAGAUACCACCGGUAGGGGAUGUACAGGUAUUGCAAUGUCACGUGGUCAGAUCCGUGCUUUUGUGGAGAUUGAGGGCAGGCCGUUGGCAAGCCUUCCACCCGCAGCCAACUCCAACUCUCGUCAUGAGUUGAGGGGCGUGGCUCCACCGAAAACGGUUGAUCCUACUUUGAUCAACUGUGUCACGACUGCGCAGGAAGUUCUCACUUUCCUUCCAUUUCAGACCGUGAACUACGAGUUAUGGGACCGCAUUCGGAAGUCCUGGGCUCCGAAAGCGGUCGCUGAUUUCAUUGCUUAUGUUCGUCAGCUACGCUCAGGCAAGAGCUUUCACCGUACAACCUUCCACCACUAUCACGAUCGCCGACCGAAAGACAUACCCGCACAUACGUUCACCACGAACGUACCUUCAAGCAUGUCAUCGAGAGGAAAACUGGACAAAGAGGCCCGCACCCGGCCUCUUCACGACUACUUCCUUUACCAUCUAGGCGAUGGAGUAGUGCGUUACCCCGCUGGUCGCAACGCCCAGCUGAUGACGCACUGCGUUUGGCAUGUGCGGAACGUAUCCCAUGACAUGAACGUCAAGAUGUCGGAGAUCGUCCAGUAUGCAGCAAAGCACGGCAUCUCCGUUCCCGCUGCGGAUCUAAUUCGGCCGGACACGAACGUAGUAUUGGAAGACACGCCUUCGCCGGCUUUCCUCGCUAUGAUUCACAAUCAUUUCGUAGAAAAGUAUGGUAGCAGUUCUGGAGGCAUCUAGGAAACUAGAUCGAGGACGCGGUAUCGUGUCCACUCAUUUUAUACGAACACGAUAUGGCUUUUCUCUUCAAGAUUUGCUGUGUUGCCCAAC